AAGAUCAGCCUCCAUCCGCCGCGUCGAGACUUUCACGUCACAGAUGCGCUGAAUGCAGGCAUGUGUAACCCCAAGAACUUGAGCGACACGCCGGCGACGGCUAAGAGCACGGUGGAGGAGCUGCAGCGGCCGAUCCCCUCGCUCUUCAGAGCGCUGACCGACGGAGACGCUCCCAUCAACAUGCUGGUGGUGUCCUUCCCUGCGGCUGAAGAGCUGUCCUAUCAGCAGAACCUGCUGUCCUUCCUGGAGACGCUGGAGGACGCGCACCACAACGUCUCUCUGCCCGGCAACAGCAUCCACGCCAGCUACGACACGCAAGAUGAGCUGUGUACGGUGGUGUACCUGGACGACUGCGUGUCCAUGCGUCAGUGUAAGCAGUACUGCGAGUCGAUGGGGGGAUCGAAGUACCGCUGGUUCCACAACGCUUGCUGUGAGUGCAUCGGCCCCGAGUGCCUCGACUACGGCAGCAAAGCCGUCCGGUGCAUGAACUGCCUGUUCUAGAGCCUCACGGGGCCUCUACAGAUGUUUUUAUUCUUUAGCCAAACACAUAGAGAUGAGAAAUAUGAGCUUGAUAGAGAGUAGAUGCGAGUCUGAGCUCGUAUGAUAUGCAUAUCGUUCAUAUUCAGCUUUUAUUAUGAGUCCAGGUCUUUAUUAAGACCGACUGAUUUCAUACCGAGUUAAAUCAUUAGUUUGUCUUCAGUAUGUUUGAUGUUUGUUCAGUAGCUGCAGGUGAAGCAUGGUUCGAGCUGAAUAUUCAGUAAUGCACACAUGGCUUGUUCAGCACACGGGUUCUUCAUGCAGUCGCUCCACUUUCACUGAGACGACAGAAACACACAGAGCUCAUUGAGUCCGUCUGCGAACUCCUCCCUGAGAUUCACAAACACAGAUAUAGCAGUUAUUCUCGUGCAUCGUCUGUCUGCAUGAAAGCUCUACUAUGUAGGGUCCUGCUUUCAUUGCAAACCAUUUACAGAAUGUGUUCAUGAGAAAACCAAAAUAAAAAGGAAAACACUUUACAG